GGACAAUGAGAUUGGAGCUCACACAUCCAACCGUAUUCCGCCAGAUUUGUUAUCUGGCUAUCUGCCUGCAUCAAAGGUGCGAACGAGCAUCACCACUCGUGCAACCGUUGAUGAUAAGUCGACGGUGAUAACCUCACGUAGGAACCCUGGAACACAUAUAUAGACGGCACAUGCCACCUCUUGCGACUCCAGCCAUGGUGUUCUGUUUGUAGUCAUUAGCAAUCUAUAGCACAAAGACUCGGUAUAGAUUAAACAAUGGUUCUUGAAGGUAACCCGCUGCCACAGGGCGCCGGUUACGGUAUGGUUAUUGGGCUCGGCGCCGUGUUCUCCAUCGGUAUGAUCUCCAUCACCAAGAUGCUGAAGCGUUACCAGAAGGAGAUCAUGACCGCUGAGGAGUUUGCUACCGCUGGUCGUUCCGUGAAGACUUCUUUGAUCGCAGCCGCGGUGGUGUCCUCCUGGACUUGGGCAGCUACGCUGCUCACCUCCACCACGCAGGCGUACAAGAACGGUGUCUCCGGUGGUUACUGGUACGGUGCCGGUGCCUGUGUGCAGGUUAUCCUGUUUGCAACGCUGGCAACCAAGGCCAAGCAGAUUGCGCCAGAGGCCCACACCUUCUUGGAGAUCAUCAAAGGAAGAUACGGUACGAUAGGCCACUGUGUGUACAUCUACUAUGGAAUGGCCACAAACAUCCUGGUUACCGCGAUGCUUUUGACCGGUGCCUCCGCAACCAUCAACUUCCUCACUGGAAUGGAUACCAUCGCUGCGAUCUUUCUUUUGCCGCUAGGUGUCGUUGCGUAUAUUAUCUACGGUGGUAUCAAGUCUGUGUUCCUUACUGACUAUAUCCAUACCAUUGUGAUCAUUGUCAUUCUUUUGCUGUUUGCCUUUGAGGUGUUUGCGACAAACAGCUUGCUGGGCUCGCCAGGCAUCGUUUGGGACAAGCUGACAGAGCUACAACAGACAAACCCGGUUCCAAGAAACCACGAGGGCUCGUAUUUGACGUUCCAGUCGCACAACGGUGGUAUCUUCUUGGUGAUUAACCUGUGUGGUAACUUUGCCGCUGUUUUCAUGGAUAACGGUUACUGGCAAAAGGCCAUCUCCGCUUCUCCAGCCUCUGCUCUACCAGGUUACGUUCUCGGUGGUUUGGCAUGGAUUGCAAUCCCAGUCCUUGUCUCCACCACCAUGGGGUUGGCUUGUAGAGCUUUGGAGUCCAACCCAGAGUUCCCAUACUACCCAGGUUUGUCUGCUGACCAAGUUAACGCUGGUCUUGUUUUGCCAGCUACAGCGUACACUUUGCUCGGUAAAGGUGGUGCUGUGGCUUCCCUGCUGCUUGUCUUUAUGGCCUUUACAUCUGCCAUGUCUGCUGAGGUCAUUUCCGUCUCCUCUAUCUUUACUUACGAUAUCUACAGAUCGUAUUUCAACCCAACAGCUUCCGGCAAGCAGCUGAUGUGGGCCAACUACGCUUCUGUUUGUCUCUUUACACUUGCCAUGUGUGGUUUUGGUAUCGGAUUGUACGAGUCUGAUGUUUCUCUUGGUUGGCUCUAUAACUUUAUGGGUGUCAUCAUUGCCUCUGCUGUGGUGCCAGCUACCCUUUCAUUGUUCUGGUCCAGAAUGAACCUAUUGGCUGUCACUGUUUCUCCAAUCUUUGGUUCCAUUGUUGCCAUCUGUGGUUGGAUUGGUGCUGCAAAGGGUCUCUACGGUGAAGUCAACUAUGACAACCUGUUUGAAGAUAAUGUCAUGCUUACAGGUAACUUGCUUGCGCUUUGCACACCAGCUCUUGUUAUUCCAUUCUUUGUCUACUUAUUCCCAGAGGAGCCAUUUGAUUUCGAGACUUUGAAACACACCAUCUACAGGGUUGAUGAGACUGAAGAGAUCAUGGAAGCUGAAGGUGAGUUACCAGAAGAGGGUGACACGGAGAAGAACUUGGCUCCAGUGCAAUCCGUUGCCACGAUCGGUCACAGAAUGGGUAUGGAACAUAAGGCAGAAUUAUUGGCCAAGGAACAAGCUGAGCUGAAGAGGGCCUCAAAGAUUGGUGGUUAUUUGACCAUUGCGUUGUUCCUCAUCUUCAUCAUCUUGUUACCAAUGCCAAUGUUCGGUACAGGCUACAUCUUCUCCAAGAGAUUCUUCACAGGUUGGGUCGUUGUUUGGAUCAUCUGGAUGUUCUACACUGCGUUCCUCGUCUGUAUCUUCCCAUUGUGGCAAGGUAGACACGGUAUCUACACAACCUGUAGAGGUAUCUACUGGGAUCUCUCUGGUCAGACUCACAAGUUGAGAGAAUGGCAAGAAGAGCAUCCUGAGGAGCUGCACGUUGUUCAGAGUCAGAUCAGUGCUGCUAUCCACGAGGAGCACCUUGACGCCAUUGGCAACAUCGACGAUGCCUUGGAUAGCACUUCCGAUGAUAUCUCUAAGACCAAGUGAGUUUUGUUAGAUCUUUUCUUCUUUUUUUUACAUUUUUAUAUAUGAUUUUAAGCUGAGUUUUGUUUUAUUAAAGGC